AUGUUGAGCGUUCACCUUGGACCUGUGGAGCGUUCACCUUGGACAUGUGGAGCGUUCACCUUGGACAUGUGGAGCGUUCACCUUGGACAUGUGGAGCGUUCACCUUGGAAUGAGGAGCGUUCACCUUGGACAUGUGGAGCGUUCACCUUGGACCUGAGGAGCAUUCACCUUGGACGUGUGGAGCGUUCACCUUGGACCGGUGGAUCGUUCACCUUGGACAUGUGGAGCGUUCACCUUGGACAUGUGGAGCGUUCACCUUGGACAUGUGGAGCGUUGACCUUGGACAUGUGGAGUGUUCACCUUGGACCUGAGGAGCAUUCACCUUGGACGUGUGGAGCGUUCACCUUGGACCGGUGGAUCGUUCACCUUGGACAUGUGGAGCGUUCACCUUGGACAUGUGGAGCGUUGACCUUGGACCUGUGGAGCGUUCACCUUGGACAUGUGGAGCGUUGA